GGGAUGUGACAACAAGAGUAGAAGUAUGAACGAGAUGUGAUGAUUUCUAUGUUUUGAACACGAAAUAUUGUUGAGAUUAGUGCAAAUAUUGAAAUAAUUUAUUUCUAUAAUGUGGUGACAAAUUUUCCUGUAGUGAAAGAGUGUUUCAUAUUUACUAAAUAGUUAUAUUUCAUAGGAAGGCUCCGACUUUGCUCCAAUUUAGCUUGUAAUCAUUUACAAGUUUAGUGUUUGUUGAUCGAUUAUUGAACCGAUAUUAUUUAGUUUAUUUUAAAAAUUCGAACGAAAUAACGAAAAUGGGUGAAAAAGAAGAUUAUUUGACGUCGUACCGAGUGUUUUUUGAAAACUUUGCGUCUACUGUGAAUCCGGAGGACCAGUUACCCGUGCAUAUCGCAGGGUAUACCAUUACUGAAUCGGAACUACCCGGCGAAGUUCUCUACUGGACAACUCAAUAUUUGAGUGAAAAACAAUGCCCUCUGACACUGAUGACACCGCUGCGGCGGAUAAUCCUUGACGAAGUGCGAGUAGCAUCGAAGAAACAACCCAAUGAAUUUGGGUACAAAUCUGACGAAUCAGUGUACAUAGCCCUUCGGUUGAUGCAAGCAGUGACUGCCCGCGUCAACGACGUCUGCCUCCGGUACUUAGACAACUCGAAGCUGGACACCCUUCCACCCCCACCGCCACUCGACCAACGCGACCUAAAGACUGUAUCAUGUGCCACCAAGAAUUCACGACGCGUCAUGGAAGACCGACACGUGGAAAUCGGAAAUUUAGAAGCACUUUUUGGAAUUGAUGCGACAGAAUCGACAAGCUUUUAUGCAGUGUAUGACGGGCACGCCGGCUCGGCGGCGGCGACCUACUGCGCAGCCCACUUACACCAGUAUCUGGUAGAAAGUCCACACUUCACCACCGACCUCCGAAGAGCCUUGAAGGACGCCUUCCUCAGGACAGAUGCCGAGUUCAUUCGGAAAAGUAAUCAGGAGCGUGCAUGCGGCGGCAGUACGGCGGUGGCGGUAGCGGUGCGCGGGCGCCGACUGCUGGCGGCGUGGGCGGGGGACUCGCUGGCACUGCUCGCCAAGCGCAUGCGCCUCAUGCAGCUCGUCCGACCACACAAACCUGGACGACAGGAUGAAAGAGACAGAAUAGAAUCUUCAGGCGGCACAGUAAUGUAUUGGGGAACCUGGAGAGUUAAUGGACAGCUGGCGGUGUCCAGAGCUAUCGGUGACGCACAAUACAAGCCGUACGUGACGGCGCGGCCUGAGAUCGCGACGGUGGAGCUGGAUGGAGACGAAGACUUUGUGGUGGUGGCCUGUGAUGGUCUAUGGGACUUCGUCAGCGAAGAUGAUGUCGCUCUUGCUGUGUAUAGACAGCUGGCCGCUGAUCCUGAUGACUUGAAGGCGGUGACGAAGCGUCUGAUCGUGCAGGCCAAGCGGCAGGGCUCCGCCGACAAUAUCUCUAUUAUCGUGGUGUUCUUGAAGGACCCGCGUGACAUAGCCGCAGACAACCAGCCGCCCAUGGAUCUUGGGCUGGACAACGCGAUGAUGAACGCUCCGCCGUUCACCAUCGAGACGGAGGCAUGCCGGCGCCAAGUGGACGCCGCAGCGGCUGCCGCAGAAGCCGAGGCCGAAGAGUGCGCCGAGGCCGAGGCUGAGGCCAUAGCCGGAGACAAUGGAGUAGACAAUUCUGACAGUGACAGCGAGGAUCUCGGCCCCGAGACCGCCGUAGAUAUUGAUGCAGAUGAUGUUGAUGCAGAUGCAAGAAACCAGGAACCACAAGCACCCACACCACCUGCACACGCUGUGGAGGAGGGCCACGUUGACGGUUCUGUAGCGGAUAAUGUAGCUGAGAGUGGCGAGGACUCCGAAGACGAGUGGAAUUACUUUAAAGGCGAGGGUGAACGCGAGGAACAUCCUAGCGAAGAACCCGACGAGGUGCCACAUUCCGAGACACCCUGCCAGGAUAAUUCGGCUUGGGAAAGCAGCUCAGUAGACAUGAACAGCUCUCCACUGAAUCCUGACGCCCCUGUGUUCAUACCAGGGAGCGUGGCUGGUGCUGACGUCUUGCUCGCAGAGUCACCUCGGAAACCAUUGCCGAUGGAUGACAUAGAGCUCCCAGACGAGGCACAGUUUGACACAGGAGCUGUAGUGAGACCAGCAGAAUUAUUAGACUUGGAUAACUGUGAUCAGCUUAAUGGCCAUCAUAAUGUAUCACUAGACGAAUCUGUUAAAGAACACUUGAAUGGAAAUGAUAAGUGUAACAUGGACAGUUUGGGCUUUGGAUUCAAUGUUGGCAUUGAACCUGAUAAAGUCAAGGAUAGUGGUCUCAUACAGGACUUUGAGCGAAUACAAAAAGACACUACUGACUUUUGUAAUAUCCAGGUAUUUCAAACACACACAGAAACCAAUCCCUUUGCUGCUGAAGUCGAGGGCAAUGAUGAACUAUUUGAAAGGCUGAAAAAUAAAGAAAGGGAUCCUAUGAGUAUGAGCUUCUACCAAGAAAAAGAUGAUGACACUUGUGAGAGACUUGCCAAGGAAUCACAUGUUGAUCUAAAUGCUGUACAGCCCUUACCUGACAGUGAUGAUGAAGAUUUCCAACAAAAUGGUGUCUACGAAAACGAUAAAGAAAAUAUCAGCCCGGAGCAGCACACUAACUUAUCCGAACUUGAGAGAGACCUCCUAGAACCAAACAAUGACAUUAUUAGGUUUGAUGACCGACCUGGUCCCCCACAAAACAUUGGUAACUUUGAUCAAGGAAGUAAUUUUGCAGAUUACAAUGUUAGCUCCAACAAUAUUGAAGGCUUUUCAAAUAUUGAAUUUGAAUCAAGUAAUAUCAAUCAAGAAACUGUCAUGCAAACAGACACCCCUGAAUCUCACAAGUUGCUCUUUGAACAAAUCCCUGAAAUACCUGAUGGCAAGAGUUCAGAAUUAGGCUUUACAAAUGAUGAGACACAAGACCCUUCAGAGAGUGAGAAAGAUAUCCGACCUUUCACACCUCAAGAUGAGACAUCACAAGACAUUGAAAUGGAAAGCAAACUUGAAGAUUCACCUUGUGUUGAAACUGAACCACAGUUGCAUAAUGAUGACAUGAAAGAUGAUGAUCAAGUAGAAUCUCACCACUUGCUUGAAACAGAGCAAGUGGCUUCUCCUGUACCUACAGAUUUUCAACAAGCACAGCCUACUGAGCAGCUUCCAGUAUCUCCGGCACCUAUUGAGGAUUCAAAACCUGAAGAAGCAAUAUCACCAGUCCCAGUUACAGAUAUUGAUGAAGUUGUUGAGGUGGAACAGGCUGAACAACCUAAACUUGAGGAAAAAUCUAGUGAACAAGUUAACACCGAAGAACAAACCAAUGUCAAUGUUGAUCAGGGCUGUGAAAGAACUGAAACAGAGACUGCUCUUGACGCACCUGAAAUUAAACUUGAUACUGAUCACCUAUCAUCUGAAGUUUCCCAUGCUAUUGAAGAUGACAUAACAGCAGAGUCUCCUUUGCCAUCCAAGUCACCACUUCCAGCUGAGAGUCUUCUCCCUAGCGAGUCUCCAUUGCCGACGGAGUCCCCUCUACCCAGUGAGUCUCCGAUUCCGAACGAAUCGCACCUACCAGUUGAAGAAACAAUACUUCGAGAUAGUCCUUUACCAGCAGAGUUGGCCCUGCCAUCGGAAUCGCCCCUUCCAGAGGAUACAUUGCUGCAAGCAGAAACUGUACAAGUUAGCGAAUCCCCAAUGCCAGGAGAUUCCCCAUCUCCAUUACCAAGUGAAGUUAUUCCACCAAAAGAGUCUCCACUACCAAUCGAAUCUGAAGCGCCUAGAGAAUCUCCUGCGCUAGUAGAAUCCUUGCAGCCCACUGAGUCUCCGCUGCCUGCACACUCGCCAUUACCUACAGAGUCUGAGGUAUUGCGAGAAUCUCCAAUGCCGAGUAAAUCACCACUGCCCAGCGAACCAGUGUUACUUAGUGAGUCCCUAGCCCCGAGCGAGUCUUUGCGGCCUAGUGAGUCACCAAUGCCGACAGAAUCACCUCUACCGAGUGAGUCACCAAUGCCCAGUGAGCCUCAGGUUAUAGAGGAGCUUAGUCAACCAAUUGAAACCGAAGUUAUCGAAACUGUCGCCGACGCAGUGUCCCCAGCGGUCGCGCAGUCCCCGAUGCCUGCAGCGUCUCCCCUGCCGGCCGACGUGCCCCUGCCGCGAGAAUCCCCGCUGCCUGCGCAGUCCCCCGCUCCUGUAGAGCCCGAGUGUCCAGCUACAGUGGAGCCAGUACCAGUGUCGCCCGCCCCGGCAGAGCUACGCGCGGAGUCCCCGCAGCGCGCCGCCUCGCCCGUAGCGCCUGCAGCGCCCGCGCCCGACCUACUGCCCGAGGAGCCCGCGCCGCAUUCGCGCCUCGAGCUCGUUACUGACGUUGAUAUCGGUAUUCCUGAAUCGAGGGCACAAGAAAUUUGUGUGCCAGUCACUAGUGAGAUUCAGCUGGAAGAAGCAGUGCAACCUCCCUCCGCCGCCACGCCGCCCCCCACGCCGGCCGUGGAGCCCGCCGCGCCGCUCAGUGACACUCCCAUAGCGGCCGACACCACCGCGCCCGGCGCAGGCCUAGCGGUCGCCGCCGCCGCCACCGCUGUGGGCGCUGCCGCCGUCGCUGGUGUUGCUGCCGCCAAAGCUAAACCUUCAGCCGCGAAGAAGUCACCCACGACCCCCACAGCCAAGACACCGAGGGCCGCACCCAAGUCAGCUACGCCGGCACGUACUCCUACGGCUACUACUCCUGCACCUAUAAAGAGGCCCAGCACUGCUACUACUACUGCGCGUACGCCUACCAGCAAGGCGCCCACGCCCGCGACCAAGGCUCCUUCUGCGGCCAAGACGACAACUGCGGCCAAGACGACAACUGCGGCCAAGCCGGCCACCCCGGCCAGCAAGGCCGCGACCCCCAGCGCUCGCACGGCCACGCCGGCCAGCAAGGCGCCCACUCCCGCCAAGGCCGCGCCGGCCGCUCGCACGUCGCUCAGCAAGCCCGCGGCGCCUGCAGCCAAACCCGCCCCCGCGGCGGCGCGCCCUGCCAGUGCCCCCAGCCGCGCGGCCCCCGCUGCGCGCCCUGCCCCCAAGCCUGCGACAGGCGCUGCGCGACCAACGGCGCUAAAGACAGACGCGGCCGCAAAGCCCGCAGCUCCCAGGACUGCGGCCCCGCGCCCCGCGUUGUCGGCCCCCAGGCCACAGCCCAAGCCGGCUGACAAGAAGCCGAUACCGAACGGUGACGUCAAAGACGCCAAGCCCGCCAGCCGGCCGGCCGCCCGGCCCGCGCCCGCCGCGCGCCCCGCGCCGCGACCCACGCCCCGCGCCGCCGCCGCCCCGGCCGCACCCACUACUAGGCCGAGUGCCCCUAAACCGGCGCCACGCGCUCCCCUGGACAAGCAGAGCAAAGACCUCGCUAACAAACGCAUCACAGCCAAGGCUGCACCACCUAGGACUGCUCCUCCUAAGACAACAACUGGGCAAAAGAAGGCCGUUACGAAGAGAACAACAGAUGCAGCGAAGAAGGAGGUGGUACCGAACGGGCUGGCCAACGGCGACGCGGCGCUGAGCAAGCCGCCGCCGAGCCCGCCCGCCGCCGACAACGCGCUGUUGCCUGACGUCAUCGCGUAGGCGCGAUACAACAAACGAUUCCUAUUAUUUCCGCUUGAAUUUUGUGAUUUUCUAUAAGUGUAUGAUAGUUUUAACGUCGUUCGUGGCGGCGAGUCGUUAGGUGCGGGAGUUUGCUCCCACUUUUAUAUUAUAGAGUCGCUUUUAUAGACGUGUACGUUGCCGAUUCGUUGUACGCGGAGCGGGGCGAGCGCCCACGGUACCGCGGCCACUCGCCCCGUUCCGGCUUUAAACGGUUAUUAUCCAUUAUAAUGAUUAUAAGUCUGUUUUAGAAUUUUAUAUUACCAACGAAUGAUUGAUUAAAUCUGGCUUUUAAUUUAUUUUCUUUGUAUAACCGUAUUAUAUUUAAAUAAAAUGUGAGGAAGGACUGAGACAUUGUUUUAUUUAUGAGUAAAUAAAUUUUAUUACACAGGACACAGUGGAUGAUGUUGAGACGCAAUUGGAAUUAACAUUGUUUACUUAUUACUAGUGCUUUCUUUGAAAUUUUAAAGUCAAUGUAUACUUAAAAUAUGGUGUUACAAAGAAAACUGGAACAUAGUAUGUUACUUAAAUAAAUGUUUAUCACCCUUUAUGUUCUUUUCUUUCUAAGCUAUUUAUAUUAUGUAACUAAUGAUUUAAAUGUGGGAAGCGCAGGUCAGUGUCUUUCAGGUUGUCCUCGAUCCAUUUCUCAGCUUGUUGUGACAUCUCUUCGUCGAAGUAGUCGCGCCAACCGCCUGCCUUACCUGU